CAAGAUUGAAGCCUUUUGCAUUUCCACUUUUCAAUUUCGGUGAGCAUGGCCUUCAAUCUUCCAAGGUUCAUCGCCAUUAGAACAAUUGGUUAUCCUGAUAGAGGGCAUCUUUACUACAACGAAAGGGCAAGAGUAGUAGAGCUUGGGGAGCAGAGUGUGUUCAGCACGCUCGUGAAGAUUGAAGUCGAAAGAGCAACAAGCAACGCCAACUACGUUCACCUCCGAUUCUGUCAUUCCAACAGGUAUUGGUCGCAGAGAGUGAAUGGAAAUGGCAUCGUUGCUGAAUUAAGGGAGCCCGUGGAAGACACAACAAAUCCUUCAUGCACGUUGUUCGAGGCGGUUCAGGCGCCUCGUAGGCCAGCAGGUCAGUUUUACUUGAAUCACGUUCAGACCGGUGGGCGCCUGUUGAUAGAUCCGCAGUACUGGGGCAUUUUCGUGCAGUUAAACGCCCUUUCGUACAAUUUCUUAACUUUUGUGGAUUGGAGUACAUUGGUGAAACUGCCUGGCCACGUGGCUUUCAAAGGGGACAAUGGCAGUUUCCUUAGAGGAGUGUCCCAGGAUGGCGCCAACUACCUACAGUUCUCAUCGAAUGAUCCUAGCGAGUUGGCAUCCAGCCACCGGGUGUCGCUCAUGUCGGACGGACAUGUCCGCAUAGCAUCGGAUCACUGGUUGGGCCUGUUCUGGAGGCGCAGUCCAAACUGGAUAUGGGCCGAUGCCAAUAACCAGUCUUCCAUCAACAACCGCGACGCGCACUUCUGGCCGGUCAGAAUCGACGGUGACACCAUUGCACUCCGCAAUGCGGGCAAUGACCAAUAUUGUUCACGUCUGACCGCCCAAGGGAAGACCAGCAUGUUAAAUGCGGCCGUCCGCACCAUCACCAAUGAAGCCAGACUGGUGGUGCAAGAGCUCGUAUCCCAAAGAAAGAUCCACAACGUCAGAUAUCGGAUGGACAACGCCAGGAUAUAUAACGAGAUGCCUUACGUUGCAGGCUCAUCCGUGCUUAUUAACUCCACCGACCAAGAGGCUAACAUGGGUGUUGAGAUUACGUAUCAAGACGAGAAAUCUUAUACUUUUAGCCGCAGCUUGUCUUUAACUGCAGGGGUGACCACCACCUUCAGUACUGGCGUGCCCUUCAUCGUAAAAGGAGAGAUCACCGUCUCAUUCGAGAUAAACACCACUCUCCGGUGGGACACCACCACAACUACUACCACAUCACUUAAGGCUUCGGGCUCUGUUCCCGUACCUGCGAGGACUUCGGCUGUGAUUGAGUAUGUCGGGACUAGGGGCACUUGCGAUAUUCCUUAUUCUUACACGCAGCAAGACACGAACUCCACCAAUGGCCAGGUUUCUUACACUGAGCAUGUUGAUGGUAUUUACAAAGGUGUCAGUUCUUACAACUUCAGCUUUGUUAUCAGAUCCACUCAGCGCCUCGCCUGAUCAUCCCAAUCAUCAAUAACCGUCAUCAAGUUUAUAUCUUAUAUGUAAGCUAGCUUCAUAGCUACAAUUGGUGUGUUUCAUGAAGUUUAUUUCCCAAUCAACAGUAUUUAUUCAAUAAGGUAGCUUCAUAGCUGCAAUUGGUUUGUGUCA